AUGAGCGCCGGGUGGCUGCGCUGUGUCCUGCUGGGCUGCUGCUUGGCGGGGCGCUGGUGGUGGGGCCAGGCCCAGAGGGCGGGAGGCGGGGGCGGCGAGUAUUGCCACGGCUGGGUGGACGCGCACGGCCGGGACUACGAAGGCUUCCCCUGCCCGGAGCGCUUCGACACCCCCGACGCCACUAUCUGCUGCGGCUCGUGCGCCCUGCGCUACUGCUGCGCCGCCGCCGAGGCGCGCCUGGAGCAAGGCGGCUGCACCAACGACCGCGAGCCGGAGCAGCCGCCCGCCGGCGCCCAACCAGUCUACGUGCCUUUUCUUAUUGUUGGAUCGAUAUUUAUUGCGUUCAUUUUCGUGGGUUCUCUGGUCGCUGUUUAUUGCUGUACGUGUCUAAGGCCUAAGCAAACUUCGCAGCAGCCCAUCCGAUUCUCUCUCCAGAGCUACCAGAUGGAGACUUUACCAAUGAUCUUGAACUCUACGAGCUUAAGGACUCCGUCACGACAAUCCAGUACAGCAACCAGCUCAAGUUCUACCGGGGGCUCCGUCCGCAGGUUUUCAUUUGCCAGGCCAGAAUCCGGGUGCAUCAUGGCCUCUUCGCCUCCCCCUUAUUCUUCUGGCUGUUUGCAAAUGGGCCACUCCAUCCACCUCUCUCAGCCGUCUGGAUUUUUGGUGUCAGCCCCGUAUUUUUCCUACCCUCUCCAUUCCGAAUCGUCUACAACUGGAAAGUGUGUUCCAGAUUUUAGUCCGAGCUGAAAGGAAGUUUUGAAAAACUGAACGCUGGGCUCACAGUGAAGCACAGUAAACUCCUGCAUUGUGUAGUUUUCAGAGAUGUGCUCUGUGGUCAUGGGAUUCAGAGCUAUGGGAAUGGGCAAGCUGCCCUUUUUAAAAUGCAGAUGGUUGCAAAAUAAAUGUUCUGAAUCGCGGCAUCGCCUCCAUGUGGGUAAUAGCUGAAAAUAUAUUGCAAACUAAAGUCUUCUCUUCGGUGGGCAUGUGUAAAGCUGUACUUUUAACCUGAGAAGAGAUCCUGCAGAUACAAGUAGAAUAAGACACUUGGGGCAGAAUUUUAGAGGACAACUAAUUAUUGCCAUGGCAUAGUCUAGCCAAAUUUAAGCACUUUUAAAAGGUUCUAUCCCUUUGGCACUUACUUCUGAUAAACAUGCUGAAGUUUGAACUGUAUGCCUUACUGAUUUUAAUAUUUAUCUUUCUCCAGUUUAAUUCAGUGUGCUGAACUCAGGCUGGAUCUUCUCAUAAGUUUUAUUCCUUAUUAACAGAGUUUAAAAGGGGAGGGUGGAGUACUAUCCACAAACAAGUGAAAUGAUAAUUAGUAUCACUAAUCAUCAAGGUAAUUAUUUUAUAAAUUAGUAUGAAAAGACUGGGACAUUAAAAUUGCAAGCUAUAUAAUGAGAUUAAUCAGUAUCUCCGAGAAAAUUAAAAAAAGGUAUACAAUAAGGACACAAGCAGUCCAGUCAUAGAACUUCUUGUGUCAGCAUAUAAGGAUU